ACUUUCUCAGUCUCUUUCUCUCUUUUGUUUUCUACUCUGCACUCUCACCCACUAACACAAAUAAUUACAGAACUCAUUCAUUUUGCACCUCCAACCCAACCAAAUUCAACCCAGAUCCACUCUCUCACAUUUUCAUGCUCUCAACCUCAAACCCCAAAAUCUCUCUCUCUCUCUCUCUCUUUUUUCUCAAGCUCAAUCAUCUCUUCUACUAGACCUCUACUACUUCUAGGACUUACAGCCAUCACUACUACUUCUUGGGAUGGACACAAAUACUAAGCCACAGAAGAAGAAAAAAUGGUUUCUUGCAUUGGGUUUCACUCUUCUAGUCUCCACCAUCCUCAUAUUCCUCACUGUUUUCACUUCCUCAAACCCCUCCACACAGUUCUACCGCCGAUCCCAUGUGAAAAAACAGGUUCCACACUUUGUGGAAUCGAAGUUAGAGGUGUCAGAGACAUCCAAGGAUUCAGUCCCAAGAUUGGCUUACUUAAUCUCAGGCUCAAUGGGUGAUGGUGAGAGCUUGAAGAGGACGCUAAAGGCUUUGUAUCAUCCAAGGAAUCAGUACGCUGUGCACUUGGACUUGGAGGCCCCAGCAGAGGAGAGGAUGGACUUGGCGAGUUUUGUGAGGAACGAGCCGAUGUUCAGGGAAGUGGGAAAUGUGAGAAUGGUUUUGAGAGCCAAUUUGGUUACUUAUAGAGGCCCUACUAUGGUGACUAAUACGCUUCACGCGGCGGCGAUAUUGUUGAAGGAAGGUGGGGAUUGGGAUUGGUUUAUCAACUUGAGUGCUUCGGACUAUCCCUUGGUUACACAAGAUGAUCUGCUUCAUACAUUGUCAGCUAUUCCAAGAAACCUUAAUUUUAUCGAGCAUACAAGUGACAUUGGCUGGAAGGAGUAUCAGAGAGCCAAGCCUGUUAUAGUUGAUCCAGGUCUAUAUAGCUUGCAUAAAUCAGAUGUAUUUUGGGUCUCAGAGCAAAGGAGUGUACCAUCUGCAUAUAGGCUAUUUACAGGUUCUGCUUGGAUGAUGCUCUCUCGCCCGUUUAUCGAAUUUUGUUUAUGGGGCUGGGACAACCUCCCAAGGAUAGUCCUUAUGUAUUAUGCCAACUUUCUUUCUUCACCCGAAGGUUAUUUCCACACAGUCAUCUGCAAUGCCCCAGAGUUCCGGAACACUACUGUAAACCAUGACCUCCAUUUUAUAUCAUGGGACAACCCUCCAAAACAACACCCUCAUUUUCUAACUGUUGAUGACUAUCAGAGGAUGGUAGACAGCAAUGCCCCCUUCGCAAGGAAGUUUGGCAGGAAUGAGUCAGUACUUGAGAGGAUUGAUUCUGAGCUGUUGGGCCGCAAUGCUGAUGGAUAUGUACCUGGUGGAUGGUUUAAUUCUCAAGGAAAUGCAAACGUAACUGUGCUACCUCAGGUGAUAGCCAACACCACUGAACUUAAGCCAGGUCCAGGUGCUGCAAGGCUCAGACGCCUCAUCACUGGCUUGUUAAAUGCAGAGGAUUUUCAUGAGACGCAGUGCGCUUGACAUUUAAAAUUCCUGCAAGGCAACUACUGAAAGAUGCCUUCUGAUACCUCGUAACCAUUGGUGGAUCAUUGCUCCACAUUUUAAAUAAUAAUGGAGGACUUCUAAAAGGACGGAUAGCAAUGCAUUAGGAACCAAGUGGAGAAGGGAAAUCAUGGCCUUUCCUGAAUACACCAUUCAGCUUUACCUUCUGUAUUUAAUACAAUAUUUUUGUAGCUCAAUAGUCCACAGUGUAGGUUCGAAUAUUAAUUCAAUGUGACUGAAUCAUCCUUUAUCAAUUUGUUGAUGAACUAUGCAUCCACUGAUUUCUUGAA